AUGCGCGCGUGGCUCGUUGCAGCCGCGUUAGGUGUCAGUCUGCCGUCUUUGGUUUGGCGGCACGCUCGAGUCACAGCCGAGCCAUGUGACGAGAUCUGCUACACGACCGAGUUGACAGGGUUUGGACCGGGAGGCGCUGCUGGAUGCAGUUGCAGCGGCGCGCGUGCGACGCGGUCGGGACCUGGAGGCUGCAGCUGUGGCCAGUGCUACCAUGAGACGAACGGGGCGGUCAUUGGCUACGCUAUCAGCAGCGACGGCACGUGCUCAUAUGGCACGGACUGUGGUGACUGCACGCGCUCGCCGGUUACGCCUGAUGCUGAGACGAACGCACCGUCUCCAGACUCUGACACUCCCAGUGUGACGACACCACCGACGCCAUCAAGGGCGACGCCAACCGAGCCAUUGAGCCCUACGCCCGCGCCCAUUCCGCCGCCUAGUACUCCGCCUCCUCCUCCUCCUCCUCCUCCUGCUACUGCUGCUACAGAGCCGACGACAGACGCACCUCUAACUGCGCCUCCUGCCCCUGCUCCAGGUGCUUCGUUGAACCCGACACCUGCACCUCCGUUAAACUUGGGAACCUCGUCGGACGCGCGACCGGAACUGCCUUCGGUCUCGCCAUUCGACCCGCCGUCGAACUUGCUGCUUGGACUGCCGUCGACCGCAUCGUCUGGAACCUCUUUGGACUUGACGUUCGGAACUUCCCCGUCGACCACAGAUAAAAACAACACCCCGCCCGCAACAAGCGCAUCGAGCAGCUCGGCCUCUGGCUCGCACGACGCUGGCAAGACAGCUGGUAGCUCCGAUUCCGCGACAUCCAGCGACAAAAGUAUUGAGACGUGGCAGAUCGCGCUCAUCAUUUGCUGUGGUGUGUUGGUCUUCACGGUAGCAGUUGUGUCGGUGCUCUCAUGUUACUGCAAAGCACGGAACCGACUGAACGAGAACGAGGACGACCGAGCGGAUGCCACCUACUACCAGCAGCAGUACCCGCGCCAGCGCGACGACGGUGUUGGAUUAGAAGGCGUGGCCACGCCUGCCAUGUUUUCGCAACGACCAGCGAGUUCUUAUUGUCACGCACGGUCCGGGAGCUCUGGCAGCUUGACAAACGAAACGAAGCUCAUGUACGCUAGUUCCGCCAACAGCGAUAGCUCCGAUAUGCUGGGCACGGGACUCUUGCCCGUUCACAAGCGCACUAGCUCGGGUGGUCCGUUCGGAUCAGUCGGUAGCUGUACGACGGACUUUCGACCGAGUGCGAGCAACGUAUCAGUCGGACGUCAACUUCGGCCAGAGCAGACCUGCAGCUCAGCACGCCAGGCCGACGUGGAACUAUAG